AUUUUAUUUUACUUUUUUUUUCCUUUAAUAAAAUGGAUUACGAAUACACAGAAACAGAAGAAGAAAAACAAAUCAAGGAAGAAUACAAGACGUGGAAAAAGAAUGCGCGUUUUCUUUACGAUCUUGUAGUUACCAAAUCAUUAGAAUGGCCCAGUCUGACUUGUCAAUGGUUCCCUGACGUAGAGAACAGACCAGACAAGAAUUACAAGACACAGCGAUUGCUAUUAGGUACUCAUACCAAUGACGAAGAACCUAAUUACUUGAUGAUUGCGUCUGUUCAGCUACCCAAGGAUAGUCAAGAUAUUGAUCUUCGCAAGUACGAAGAAAGUAGUAACGAGAUUGGAGGGUAUGGUGGAUACAACAAUGCACAGAUACAAAUCACACAAAAAAUCAUUCAUGAAGGUGAAGUGAAUCGAGCACGGUAUCAAUAUGAAAAUCCUAAUGUGAUCGCAACCAAGUCGAGGUCAGGAGAAGUGUAUGUCUUUGAUCGAACCACACAUGCAUCUUUUCCAAAAGAAGAUGAGCCGUUUAGCCCAGACUUGAGAUUAAUGGGACAUUCAAAAGAAGGCUAUGGGCUUGCCUGGAAUCCACACCGAACACGCUCAACCCAUUUGAUUAGUGCAGGAUUUGAUGGUUUAAUUGCUCAUUGGGAUAUAGCCGCAGCAUCAAAAGAGAAUCGUGUGCUGUCACCAAUGCAAACAUACAAGGCUCAUAAGUCGAGUGUAUCGGACGUUGCAUGGCAUAUGAAGCAUGAUUCUAUUUUUGCCUCUGUAGGUGAUGAUGGUCAACUGAUGAUUUGGGACAUAAGAAACGAAUCUUAUCAGCCUAUUCAACAUGUGCUGGCACAUCAAGCAGAAGUAAACUGCGUUGGAUUUAGUCCCAGUAACGAAUGGAUUCUGGCGACCGGCUCAUCUGACAAGACCGCUGCACUGUGGGAUUUACGUAAUUUGAAGACUAAAUUACACGUAUUGAGCGGGCAUGAACAAGAAGUGAUACAGUUAUCAUGGUCACCUCAUCAUGAGGCUAUCUUGGGUACAGCCAGCAAUGAUAGACGUGUUUGCGUUUGGGAUUUAGCCAAGAUUGAACAUGGUGAUGAAUUACUGUUUGUACACGGUGGACAUACCAAUAGAAUCUCAGACUUCAGUUGGAACCCUGCAGAGCCCUGGAUGAUAGCAAGUUGUGGUGAAGACAACGUCUUACAAACAUGGCAAAUGGUAAGUUAAUAACAAGCCAAUCGUAUCAAAUUACCUUACUGUUUACAAUGAUAAAAGGCAAAUACAAUCUAUAGUCAGCUUGAUUGAUAAGGAAGAGGAUAAAGAGUGAGGAGGCAAAGUGAGGG